UCUAUGGCAAGGUGCGCGUGGUACGCGGAUGUGGCUACAUACCCGAUGAACGUACCGAUGACGGCCUUUGCUUGAAACGCUCCGGCACACAUGACGUGCAGGCCAUCUAUUGUGCGUGCACAGCCGAACUCUGCAAUCAUGCCGCCUCCACAUUGUAUCAGAACAACAAUCAUCCCAUCCUAUCCGCAUUGCCCUACACAUUAGCUGCGUUCUUUGUUUGGUUUGCAACAUUUUCGAGUCAUUUCAAUAUCAAUACUAUUGGCGCUGUGCAAAAUUCAUAAAUACGAGUUAUAGAAAAACCUAAACACAUACAUACAUAUACUCGUAUAAAUACAUAUAUAUAAAAUAAGUGCAUACAUAUGUGUAUAUGUGUAAAACGGAAAUUUAAGAUGAGACGUCGUUUAGUUAAUUUCUUUUUAAUUUUGAGUUGAAAUUGCCAACACUGAUGCAAAAAAAUACCAAACACACACAUACACAACUGGAAUAAAAUAUAAUACAGAUGUCGCAAAAAAACACAAAACCAAAGAGCGUCUUAAGACCAGCGGCUGCUUACUAAAAUUAAAAAGGUAGCCUAUUAAACAAUUCGUGAAGUUGGUGAAGGCGUGGAAUUGCUGAAGAGUAGCCUACAUUGUGCGGAAUACGAGGAGCCUAAACGGAGAGUUGAGACAAGAUUUAAAUGAAAUUAAGUGCGGAAAAAAUAUUUAAGUUUUGUAGACGGAAGCGCAGAGGGUUGCAUUGAGUUUGCCUCGGUCGCAUAAAAUUACUAUGUAAAUCAGUUUUAAUUACGAUUCAUUGGAGUGACAGCGAAAAAUUUAUUUGCAAUAUUUUGAUAAAUCGAUACAUUUAAUAGCUCAUUAAUCCAUCCAAAAGCGUAACGGUAACAGAGAAAAUUAAUUAAGAAAUAAUUUUCUCAUAGUCGAAUACUACCAAAAGCAAACAAGCAGUAUUUUUCAACUUCUUUCUCAGCAUUUGCACUCAACAUUCAAAAAGUAAACAAUUCGCAAUCAAGUCUUUGCGUAAAACACCAAAAAGUAUGCAAUUUUUUUUAUCAUGCAUGCGGAAAUACAACGGAUUGCUACAAAUGUUUUACUGUUAACGA